CUAUCUAUAUUUUAUGAACGGGAAUUUAAAAUUUAUUUUGUUAAAAUCAAAUGGCUAAAUAAAAUAGUUAUUAUUAUUGGUUGUUAUAGCGGUAAUCAGGCAGUCUCCAAUAGAAAAACACUUUAUGUAAAAAUUUCAACGCUCUACGCGCUCUACAUACUACGGUGCCCGAGAUAAAACCCGCUAUGCUAACAGACGUGUAACGUAGUGAUUACAUUAUAUACUCUUUGACGGACGGACGGACGGAUGGAUGAACGGACGGACAGCAGAGGCAGUAGUAUGCAACUAUGCAGUAGAGUACUUUGUACAUAAGUUUUUUCAUAUUGUUUGAUUGUCAUAAUAAUAUGGUGGUUGUUCAAUGGAGAUUUCACUGGAGAGAUCUCUUCAGAAAUAUUAAGGGAUACAUAGCCUGGAAAGUGUUGCAGGUAGCAUUGACAUUCUACUCGCUAACAUACAACAUCCACAUGAGCCAAAGCUACGUGGUGGAUUGUCUUUUAGAACCUAUUUUUUGGUUUGUGGAUAACUUUGCAGGUUAUUUGGGAAAGGUUUUUGUUUUCUGUGUGACAUUUCUAACUACGGCCGUUGUUGUGAUUGCCUAUUGGCUUGGGUUGCCAUACUGGUGGGAGAGAAGUCCAUACAUGACUGUCUUUUUAGUCCUUUUCGGAAACUGGCUUUUGCUCAAUGUUGCAUUUCAUUAUUAUAUGGGCGUUACUACUUCGCCAGGAUAUCCGCCUGAUGGUGCACUUAUAGCAGAAGCGGCUAGCAUAUGCAAGAAAUGUAUAUCACCCAAGCCUCCGCGCACUCACCAUUGCUCUGUGUGCGACCGGUGUGUGCUGUGCAUGGACCACCAUUGCCCUUGGCUCAACAAUUGUGUGGGAUACUACAACGCCCGCUACUUUUUCCUCUACAUGGCUUACAUGGUUGCUGGGGUGACUUUCAUCAUAAUGGCUGGCUUCGAUCUGGGGUAUCAAGUUUUAUGGGUGAAUGAUAAUGGGGGUAUCACUCAUGAAAAUGAUCCUGAAUUGAUCGGCCACCCCGUGCGCUUGAACCGGAGCGGUGUAUUUGUUCCAGUUCAGGUGAUUGCCGAGUACGACGCUGACCACUCCCCCCGAGUACACGACUUGCCUAUCCCUGUCAUCACCGAAGCUCAAAGGAUCACGGCUAACCCCAUGAAACGAAAGGCAGUUGUCUUCAUGACAGUCAUGUGUCUCUCAGUAUUCUUCGCUCUCGGCACACUCACCAUACUUCAUGCUAGGAAUAUAAGCCGAGGCGAAACGAGUAUAGAGUCACACAUAAACGCCACUUUAAGAAAGACUCACACGAAACACCAGUUCAGAAACCCGUACAACUGUGGCCGAAUCAAAAAUUGGAAACUGUUCCUUGGUCUGACACAAGGUAGGACUUUUCUGAGACAUGUCUUAAUGCCUUCCCCUCAUCCGCCGAAUGGAACGGGGCUAUCGUGGCAUACUGUGAAUAAUGCAAUCGAAGACUGGCCUUAAUUCCAUUAUAAUGAUUGAGUACACGAAUUACACGUUUUUUGUUUCCGCACCAGCGAAGUUAUCUUCGUAAAUGUUGUUGUCUAAUGUCAAGUACAGUCUGAAUAUAAAAGAAAAUGAUACGAACAAUAGAAUAAGACUGACUAUAGCGGCAGUGGAACAGAAAUAAAUAUUUUUUCUCGUUAGUCCACAGCGAACUAUGCCAAAUUUUAACUCAUUCAAUAUAGCCUCCUUUAUGGAGAUUUCAUUUCCAGUAUUUCUAAUAACAAUUUAUCAAUUAUUAGCUGAGUAACUAACUUUAAUAAGUGUAAUUUAUCACCUGAUAUAUCGAAUCAUUACGAUUUUUUUAUUUAACGGAUAGUAAUAACUUAGUAGUCUUGUUUAUAAAUAAGUUAGAUGUUUUUCAAAUCAGGUAGUAGGAGUAGUGUACCUAUCAAAUAACCAAAUCGAUGCUUUGCGUUACGGCAUUGCCAAUAGAUGCCAGCGUGCGAAAGAGAAAGCGAAAUGUUUGUACUAUGCUUUAAAUUUUCUUUGUACCAUCAUCCUUUAAAGGGCUUUCAAGAUUUUGGCCUAUCUAGUUGUCAGCCAUUUUACUUUUUUCCAAAAUAACAGCCACGCAUAAAACAUGUAUUAAUUAAUAGCUGGCUUCAAUAAAAACUAGUAUUGUAGGAGACAAAAUCUUCCAAAGCGUCACGUUUUCAAGAUAUAAGCUAUCAAAGUUGUAUUGUGGAGUCAUCAGUGCUACAAACUGGCCACUAGGACAACUUUGAUAGUUUGUAAUAUAAUACGAAGUUUGUAUAAUACAAUACUUGUUUUUGCCAGCUAUCUAGGGUAUUGAUGCCAGCUAUCCAAGUUUUAUGCGUGGCCACUAUUUUUUAACCGACUUCCAAAAAAGGAGGAGGUUCUCAAUUCGUCGGGAUCUUUUUUCACUCAAGCCAAAAGUCAGAGCUUCACUCUUGGAUUUCUAAUUUUGUUUUAAUAUGCUCGCUCGACU